AUGAGACAAUCUUAAUCAUUAUUCUCCAAAUUCAUUUAGAAUAUGAGACUAAGAAAUUAAUUGAUUUUCAUAGCUUCAGUUUAGGCAUUCAUAAUAAUUUUUUAUGUUAUAGGAUAAAAUAUGAUUCACCUUUCUCUACUUAAUGAAUACUUUUCAGACACUUCAAACAAUUUGUACAAGGAAAAUUCAAAUAGGAUUCAAUCAAAUAUAAUAAAGUUAUAUAGAAGUUACUUUGAUAAAGUUUUCUAUUUAAGUAAGAAUAAAUAUAAUUAGAUGGUAACACCUUAAUCUCAUUUCACAGAUUAUAUCAUUAUACAAAAAAAUAAGUAAUCAUUUAGAAUAAUUUCACAACAAAUGAAGCCUUCUAAAUGCCAUUUGGUGGAAUAAAUCCAAUCCCAGAUCCGUUUCGUAUAGUCAAAGGAUAUGGAAGCUUUGAUAUUUCAUUUAGCUUUAUGUGUUAUUCAAACUUAAGUUCAUAUAACUAACCUAAAACAAUAGAAGAAUUAGUUGGAAUUAAAAUGUAGGAAUAAGUGUAAGCCUAUGGUUAACUUUUAUAUUAAGGAAGUGAGAUUAACCAAUAUUUCUUUUACUCAUAUAUUGUAAAAGAGAAAAUAACCUCAAUAUAUCCAUGUUUAAAUAGAAAAGAAGGAAUUUAUAGUUAUAAACCAGAACAAAGGGAUUGGUAUAUUGAGUUAUAAAGAAACUAUGAUUAAACAUAAAAUUAUGAUACAUAUAAUUAUACAUUUACAAAUCCUUUUAUGUGUAAAUUAAUUUAUCAUAAUUUAGUAUUUACUGAAAAACAAAUUGGAUUAUCAAUGGCAAUGCCUAUAGUAGAUGAAUAAGCUAAAAUGAUAGGUGGAGUAGGAUCAAUAUUUUUAGGAAAUGAAUUUGUUUAAGAAGCUGGUUAAGUUAAAUUUGGAUUUCAAAUUAUAUAUCUAAUUUCAAAUGAAGGAAUAAUGAUUAUGCAUCCUUAUAAAGUUUCUAACGAAUAUCUACCUCUAUUCAUAUAUAAUGAGACAAUUACAGGAUUUAAUUAAUCAGAUUGGUAAGAGAUUUAAAAAAAAAAUGGAUCUUCUUCUUGUCCAAAUUUUGAUUAAUACAAUUCCACUCUUUAAUGUCGAUUCAAUUCUGUAUAUAAAUAAGAGAUGAUUAUUGGUAUUUAAGAAAUACCUCAAUUUAAGAUGAUAUUAAUAAUGUAUAAUAAUUUAUAAACUCUAGGUUAUUAAGUAGUCAAGAAUACUUUGAGUUUUAUUAUAAAUUUUAAUAGUAAUUAUAACUAAACUUACAAGAAACUCUAUCUUCAAAUAUUACUACUUUAUUUGGAUUACUGGUAAUAGUUUGCAUUUGUAUAUACAUACUUAUUUAGAUUCUCUUUUUUCCUAUCUAUGUAGUAUAGGAAUAAGCAAAAAAUAUGACUUCAUGUAUAAAGAAAAAAUAAAAAACCAUACCAAUAUUUAUUUAAAAGUUUAUGAGCAAUUAAGUUCGAUAAUUGCUAUAAUCUUUUAAGUUUAUCGAAAAUAAAUUAGAAUUUAUAUCAUUUCGAAAAACUGAAUAAUGCUCUUUUAUUGAGAAUAUUUAAUAUCCUUAAAAAAGCAUAUCAUUUUAACUUCAUCUAAAAUAAUAUCAACAAUACCUUAAGAUUCACAAAAUUAAUAAAUUAAAAUUAUUAUAAACACAAAAAGAUCACAUUUAAUAAUUAUAUAUGUAAAAUAGCCUUAAUUUAAAACAAAUUCUAUAAUUAAUAAAGAAAGUUAAUUUGUUUUAAGCUUUUUGA